GAAGUCUCGUGUAUUUUUAACUGCCAGUUGAUUUCCUUAUUGUUAGGUUAUCAUAUUGUGUUUUCGUGAUAGUUCUUUAAAGGUCAUUUCAACGACAUUGAUUAGCGGUAGAGGUAUGUGCUCACAUUUUAACCUCUGCAACAGUCGUUUAUUAUGAGAGUUCGCCAUUUCCAUAACAUGGUGUAUGCGUAGCGGAAACGUCCUCAGAUAGGCGGCUAUAAAACGCAUCUUUUUGCACCGAAAACUGAGAUUUUUCAGCAACAGACUUAGCAUCAAGAUGCAGACGUUCAUACCAUUGUGCUUGGCGAUUUGGUUUCUCAGUUGUGGCUCAGACGCGGCGUAUAAGGUUCCCAAUUCAUGCCAGAUUGUCAACGUAUCAAUGUGCAACAGUAUUUUACCGUACAAUCUCACAAAAUUACCUAAUUACCGUAGACAAUACACGCAGACAGCCGUUAGAGACUACCUUGGAAGCGAAGACGUAACAAACCUUGUCAAAACAAACUGCUCAAGUGAUUUGGUCUUCUUUCUGUGCGUUUUGCAUCUUCCAAUCUGUGUUAAAGAGUUUCUGGCCCCAGUUCUACCUUGCCAAAAGCUGUGUGAAAAAGUCAAAGAAGAUUGCUUGCCUACGAUAAGGAAUUAUGGGCGAGAUUGGCCGAUUGACAUUGAAUGCCAUAAAUUUCCCAACUAUGAAAAGGGAGUCUGCAUCAAAAGAGUUGUAGUCCACAAGAACUUGAAAAAUGACACAAGCAAGCAUAACGGCUCUGGAAGAAACAGGAAAUCUAAAGGGCCAUGCAAAUGCAAAACAGAUGAAAAGAUGAAGUGGAGUCUGCUCAAAUUUCAUGAUCGUGCCUACGACUUUGUGUUUAUUGGCCGAAUAGUGCGAAUUAGUAAAAAUCUUACCAAAGACAAUCACAGGCAAAUUACCUUCACCAACAUCCACACUUUCCGAAGGGGAAAAUUUAAGACCAACAGAAUCUAUGUGCCCUCCUCUUGCCCAUGCCCUUACUUGAAAAAGAAUAACUACUUCGUCAUAAUGGGCAGAGAAGAUCAGCUCAGAAAGAAACUGGUACUGAAUCGAAAGAGUUUUGUUUUCAAAAUCAAGAGAAUGAAGAAUAUGAGAAAACUCAAGAAGCUUAAACAUCUAGCACUUAGACAGUUUCUGAUGAGUCUAAACUACAUGAACAACAAAUCUUCCAAUAAAGGAUAGAAGACGUCGAUCAAAAAAGUCAUCAAGAACUCUUUUAAAAAACACCAUGAACGACGUAGUAUUUAAACAAGAGCUAAAGUAGUCAGCUCUGUAAUGGAGAAAGAUCGCCAAAAAGUAAAGAAAUUCCGUACAUGAGACUUGUGAAGAGUUGGAAAUCUUCCAAAGUACCACAACUACAUUGCUUCGUUGUUCAUUCUUCGUCGUCUUUUCAUGUACUUCUGUGUUUCUAUAUCUUAGGACGACUUUUAACACUUAUUAAUCUAACAGUCUUACACUCUUUAUGUUUCACGCUUUAAGAGUGUAUUCAUAAAGCCGUGAAAUACACUUUAGUGUUCUGCACUUUAUAACUCUAUAUUUUGCAUUUUUUGUCCUUUCGGCGUAUCGUGCGAUCACACUUUGGGAUAUUCUACUUUGUUUCACGGUUUAGAGUGAUUUUCAUAAACCCGUGAAACACACUUUAGCGUUCUACACUUUAAUUACCCUUUAUUUUUCGGUGCAUCAUCGGCAUUGCAUUACACUUCGUUUCACGGUUUUAUGAAAAACGCUUUACACUUGAAAUGGUGAAAUACAAUAGAAGCUAGCACUGUAUCCUUGAAACUUGAUUUGAACAAAAUAAGUGCAAAGUAAGUAAAUCUCAUUAACGUUGUUCAGUUGUAAACACGUAAAGACAACAAGAAAGUCAUUUCCAUAUAUCAUAUUUUUGUUUCUUUGCAAGAAUAUUCAGACAUAAAGUACCAAAAAUUCUUUACAAUUUUUAUAACGUCAGUAUAUUGAGGUCCAGAAAACCGUGAAAUAGAUAUUGCAUUAAUACACCUUAGUACCCUCUAAUUGCUUUGUUUUCUUUUUUGUAUAUUUGAAUAUCACACUUUAAGUCAAAUUUUGUUUCACGGGUCUAAUGAACUCUUUCAAGUACUUUUUCAAGUGUUUGCACUCUAAUCCCUUUGCUUCCUAUUAUCUAAUCAACUUUAUUUAGUAGUAACUAUUACCAUAUAUAUCAUGGAUUUUGAAAACGUCUACUCUACAUUCAAAAGAUUAUAUUCUAAAAAAUGCAAAUUUUCUUCAUAGAUGUAAAAAAUUAGCUAGACAUAGAAAAUAGAAGAAAAACGAUACUAUUGUUCCAAAUAAAAGCUUUUGACUAUGACAGUAGCCAACCAUGAGCUAUUUUCUUUUCCUGUAGUGACGUCAUGUGUUUUGGAGCGAAGUGCAUCAUGGUGAUCAUGGUAUUGAUGAAAGAAUCAAAGUGGCGGAUGUCAAAAACCUACGAAGGACAACGUUUCUUUGCGAAAUUAUCGCUACAAAAGGUCGAGACUAGCAUUAAAUGACAUGUCAACAGAUAAAAGACCUUUCUGGGAAAUUAUUAAUGGUUGCUGUUCGCGAAAAACAGCCUGAAAGACCAGAAACAUAAACGAAAAAACAACAUGAUUUAGAUUGCACUUUAGUCAAUCCCAUGAUGCAUCUGCGCUCAUUAAGGUGAAAGGAAAUUGGAAGCUCAUGCAAGUCAAUCCUGUCAAAUAAAUCCACAAAUAUAAACUUUAGCUGAGAAAAAAUAUAUGGAAGACUAAUAUUAUUUGUACAUUUUAAUAAAUCGUGUGUUACAUAAC